AUGCUGACGACGGUGCACAAGUUUAAACGUUGGAACAAAAUUGCGUGCGUAUCAAACAUUUAUGGAAUAGAUAUUGGAAACACUUGGAAUAUUUUCAACUGGAUAAAGAAUGGCGUGUACUGCUUUAUGCUUCUUAUGACAAUUCUCUGGUUGUGCUUUAGACUGAAACCAUCGUACAUUCCUGUCGAAAUAACCCUAAAUGGCAUUGUUAUUCAUUCCGAACUUGCAAUUUUACCUGACAAACUGUGUUGUGUUUGGACUGCUACUCCAGAUUUAAAUCAAAGGAAAUUCAACUAUCCUUUAAACUAUCAAUGCGGAAUAAAUCUACAAAUUGACCGUAAACCAUCUCACGUUGUUUUAUUAAUUUUGCUGGCUGGUGAUGAGGCGACAAACCCUGGUCUCCGUACUUCUUCAACUAUCAAUCGAACAGUAAAAUGUCUUAAUCUUAAAGCAAGAAGUCCAACAAGCUUACAUAGAACAAACAACAGUGAAGGUAAACGCAGUAACAUGGAACUCGUCCAGAAUUUGGUGUACUCCGUGGAAAGUGAUAUUAUUUUUGUGAAUGAAACUUGGCUAAAGAAAGACAUCUGCGAUCUUGAAAUUCUGCACUCAGGUUAUUCUAUUUUUAGGAAUGAUCGAGAAACUCGCAGUGGUGGAGUACUGUUAGGCGUAAAAACACUUCCUUUAAAUCUGUGCAUGAAAUUAAACACAAUUAUGACCUAGAAAUCAUCUUGGCUGAAAUAAUAACAGCUGCAAACAUGAAAAUAAUACUGGGUUCCUGCUAUCGUCCUCCAAAUAAAGAUCAGGCUUGGAUAGAACGUUUCAACAACUUUCUUGGUGAUAUUUGUUCAAGUCACCAACACAUUGUUCUCGCAGGUGAUCUUCCGCAAAUUUCAUGGAACGCACCAGAACAAACGACAGGUUUCUAUGAGAAUGCUUUUAUUGAACUACUUAAUGACUAUUUUAUGGUUCAACUUAACAACACCACAACUAGAGAAAAUAACGUUCUCGAUUUCGUUAUCACAAACAUUCCGGAAUUGGUUAAAAUUAGCGAAAUUUUGUCCCCUGCUGAAGCAGAUAUCUUUACUGAUCACAGUGUAAUCAGUUUUGACCUCUUUGUUCACCCCAAACGCUUGCCAAAACCUAACAGGACGGUGUAUGUCUCGAGUCCUUAAACCUCUCUGGGUUAAUUUCAAGCGAUGGUGAUAUUAACGAAGAUUGGCGCAAUUGGAAAGAUACUUUCUUAGCGACGGCAUCGGACCAUAUUCCAUCUACAAAAUUACGAAGUCGUUAUUACGUCCCGUGGAUGAGCAGUGCUAUAAUGCAUAAUAUCAAAAAGAAAAACUCUGUACGGCGGAAGUUAAGGAAAGCUCCUACAUCUACUAACCUGAAAGAAAAAUUCAAACAUCUCAGAACUGCCAUUAAAAAAAUGCUGCGUGAAAGUCGUUCAAAGUACAUCAACCCUAUUUGUGAUGAUCACGGAAAUAACCCAAAGCGUUUCUGGUCGCUCUUCAAGCUAAAAACUAAAUCUUGCAAUGUUCCCAAGAAAGUCUCAAUGGGGGUUGAGGAAAUUCAAGGAAAUACUCAGAAACACCAGCGAACAUAGCAAUUCUCUUUAAUAAUUAUUUUACAUCCAUCUUCACCAAUGAUCCAGAUACUUCUAUAGACCCGUCCACGAUCGAUGAUAACAUUUCCUUGUUGGAGGAUGUUGUUUUAACACCUGCCGACGUAGCUAAUGUACUAAGAACUCUUGAUAACGACAAAGCUCAUGGCCCAGACGGGAUCCCUGCUCGUUUACUAACAGAAACUGCGUCUCAAAUACCUCCAUCUCUAUGUCAAUUGCUUAACAAAUCGUUGCGUAUCGGCGUGGUACCAUUUCAUUGGAAACUCGCUAAUGUUGCUCCUGCACAUAAAAAAGGAGACCAGGAAUUUGCGGAAAAUUAUCGACCUAUAUCUCAGCUAUCUCUGGUUUCGAAAGUUCUGGAACGCUGUAUCUUCAAUAUCAUUAAAGAUCAUAUUUUCUGUCGAAUAAAUCCUUGUUGACAUGGUUUCCUUCCAGGGAAAAACUGUGUGAACCACCUUAUCGAUGUUUUUGACAAGAUAAGAAAACAACUAGAUCGUGGCAAACAGAUCGAUGUAAUUUAUUUAGAUAUGUCAAAGGCUUUUCACAAAGUUAGCCAUAAACGUCUUCUUCUUCUUCGUCUCCGUGAAUUUGGUUUUGGAGGCAACAUUCUCAACUGGUUCCGCUCCUACCUACAAGAUCGUCGUCAACAAACAACCAUCCUCGGUGCAACAUCUUUACCUGGUCAAGUAACAUCAGAGGUACCUCAUGUUAGUUUGAAACAGGAUAGUUAG